UGUUGCCAGGAAAGCUGAAGUGACAGUUCAAUUUGGUUUUUGGUGCUCAAUAAAUAUCAUAUUUACCGAAUUUUGGUUUGUCGGAAAUUGCCACAAAGAUGGCUAAAUAUCCAAUGGAUGACCGAGAAUUCGAUGAUCUCCUUGCGAGGAUAAGACAGGAGACAACUCAUGCUGCCAAAAAGUUAGAGAUCCUUUACGCAUCGCGAGGAAGUUUCAGUGGUCUUCAGGCUGCCAGGAUCCUGGAGGCCAUCGCGAUAUCCUCACACAAGGUCACAGCCUGUCAGAUGAUGGAGCCAAGGUUGUGUCCCAUGAGUUGUGACGAAUCAAGAAUGGUCCUGUCGUGUGUGAGUCUCCACAAUGACAAGGUGGCUGUACUGAACAGUUUGAAAAGGGUCCUCUGCGACUGUCACACCAAUCUCGGCAAAGAGUAUGUGAUGAGUAGUUACCCCUACGAAACAGACAAAUACCGAGCGCUACGCAUCUUACAAACUGUCCAGUCAGACACGACACAGAAAACUCCAGCUGGGGGCCAUCAGGGCUAUGCACCUCUCGGCUGUCUCUACACACAAGCAAGGCCACUCGAACCGCAUCUGUACGGGGCAGUUUCGCAACAACAAAACCGGGCAGCAGGUCAUGGACCAAUCGCCCUUCCUCCCGCUGCUGACCCUGGCAUCCUGCCAUCAAGGUACACAAGCCACCCAUCCUACUCCUACCCACGUGAUAAGACGUACUUGGAGACGAAAAACUACCCCGCACCUAGAGUACUAAUGGAUCAAGAUGAACCUGGAUACAAAUUGUACCCGACUGGAGCGCCACCUGUGGGCUACGAUCAGAGGAGUCCUGCACAAGUAGGCUUCCCGGGAUUAUAAUGGACAGAUGUCUUUAGUGCUGACAAAUUGUAAGGUUGUGAUUGUGAACUCUUGGACAAUCUUUCCAAACCUGAGUUUGGUGCAAUUGUGUGCAUCUAAAUUGCAGUGUGUCGACAUAGUUAUAAGACAAUUUGUACCCAAUGAUGUUUAACCCCUGACAAGUUGCACCAAGGACAGCGGGCCGGGAUGAAUUGUCCUGCAGGAGGAGGAGACAGAUUGUCCCUUCUCCCACAGCCAAACAGGAUACAACGAUAAAUCUGUGACCCAUGCUGGUGAAUUGUGUUGCAAUUAGUAGAAGAUUAAGCAGCAAAUUUGAUCAGAAACUACACAUUUCCUCCUUAUACCGUGAUCCCUGAUGCUUUGUUAAAGUCAGAAUUCACAUGGCGGUGAUGUGUUGGAAAGUUUAGUAAAGAUUGAAACUAUUUGGUUCCGGUUUCUGCCGUAGCCGUUUACUCAAAAAGAAUGUCUGCUUAUUGCGACUCAUAUUUCCAGCUCUGGUCAUAUUUUGAGCAUUGUCAUUGUCAUGUCAAAAGGUCCCUUUGACUCAUCAUUUGUAACAAAGGUACAAAGUGCAUUCACGUUUUAAAGGAGAUAUUCCCAAUCUUUACCAACGUAUGUGAAGGUGUGGCAUGUACACCUGUUGAUGUUUUUUGCUGUUGCUUUUUGUUCAGUAUUUGAAAAUCUAAUAUUUAUAUUGUUGACUGAUCUGUUUGUGUGAAUAGAGUGCCACCCGUACAUGUGAAAGCCAGCUGUGAUAGAUGGUAUAUUGCCGGUAACUGUCAUUGUGUGAUCAUGUAAUAUUGUUAAGCUUAGUGUUUUACCAGUGUUGAUUUUGACUGCUUUUUUCUUGACUGAUCCUACACUCGAACUGAACUCAUUUCAGCCAAAAUCUGUCCCUCUGACUUUAUUAUACAAUGUACAUCUUUCUGUUGUAAACAAUGAAUUUCUGCAAAUGAUGUGCAGAGCUUUUGGUGAAGAACAUAUUGUUUGCCACUUGAAUUCUCGGGUGCUGACCAAUUAGUACAUACAUGUACAUGUGUAGAGCAUACUUAUCUAUAAAAUCUAACAUGGUCCUUUGAAACUCUGAUGAAGAAACAUGUAUAACCGAAACCUUUUUUUUAUCCCCUACUUGGGUGUCUUUAUUUGGGUUUAAAGCUGGAACCCACACUAAGCUAGAUAAUGACAAGGUAUUGAUUUGUGCAUAAUGUAGUUUAUUGCCAAGUAUGUUUUUGUGUGUCCAGGCCUACUUGUGGUUUGUCUAGACAGACACCAGUGUUUUUGUAAAUUGUAAAUUGAAAUUUAUCCUCAACAUGCCAAAUAAAAUACUGAUAUUUGA